GGGUUUUUGUCAUGGCUGCGGAGGAGCUCGACAGAAUUCAUGUGAUUACAAACCUGUCGGAUCAGGCCCUGCACGAGUAUGAGGAUCUGCAGAGGAAGCAAGAAACUACAGCCAUGGAGUUCAAGAGGCUGGAAGAGGAGCGAGACGAGGCGAUGAAGAAGCUCUCUGAGUUCCAGCAAGUCUCUCAGAUGGUCAUUGAAGAGGUCAGCGCCAUCCAGGAGAACCUGGAGAUCGAGCGAACGUGCCGAGAAAGUGCUGAAGCGCUGGCCUCCAAGCUGGACAGGCAGAACCGCUCUCUGAAGAGGAAGAGUAUGAUGUUGCUGUCUCACAUCAGCCCUGAGACCAUCGCUGAUAUCGACCUUAGUGAUGAAGCAGAAGAGAGCGAGGACCUGCAUGCAUCGAGCCACGACUGCCUCCCUCCUCAGUGCUGCACCUCCAGCUCAGUGCUGCAAAAUAAGUUGGAAAUGACGAUUAAGGAGAAAAAUCAAGCACUCUCUGAUCUUGAGGCAGUAAGAGAACAACUGAGGGUGACCGAGGAGGAAGUAAGUUUACGAGCUCACACAGGGACCUCCAGAGACUUUAACGGCUCUGUGGACCUCGAGAUGGAGCAGCAUUGUGGAAAUGACACAGUCUUCACUAUGUCUCAGUUAGCUGUGGAGGAAUAUGGAACUUUACACGACACCUUCAACCUGGAGCAAGAUCUGAGGACACAGGCAGAGAAUUAUGCCAGAGCUAUGGUGGUCGAGCAAAAGAAGCUGAAGAGACAGAGUCAGAUCCUGAUGCAGAGCUGCUCACCAAGUCAGGCUCUGCAGGAUGCCCUCAGCCAGGUGACCAGACUGACAGAGGAACUGGAGACACAGAGGCUGCAGCACCAGAGCCAGAUAAAGAUGAUGGAGGACAUGCUGGGCAACAGUGAAACUCAGAGGGAGCUCAUAGCAUUGAGGCACACACUGGAGCUCCUGGAGGAGGAGAAGAAGGAGUGCAGCAAUAAAUGCUCCAAGGCUGAACUGGAGGUCAAGGAUCUGAGGUUUACAGUUGAAGAGCUCCAGAAAAAGCUUCAGGCCGCUACCAACCCACCCCCAGCUCCAACACCUCCACCUCCUCCACCUCCUCCACCUCCUCCAGCCCCGCCUUCAACCACGAACCCACUCAGCACACUGCUAUCACUGAUUCGAAGGAGAAGAGGCAUCAGAACCGACAUCCCGCUGGUGGAACAGGACUCUGCCAAGACACCAGAAGUUGAUGUCAGGCAGCAGGCAGUGGAGGAAAUGAUGCAAAGGAUUAAGAAAGGUGUUCAGCUUCGACCUGUCAACCAGUCACCCAGCAGCACCAGGAAACAGGCGGAGAAGCUGCCCUCUAAUUCUGCUAUUCAGGAACUUAAAGGAAUCAUGGAGAAUUUUAACAGGACUGUACGACAACCAAAGGCAGCGUCUUGUCAGCUCUACCUGCAGCCUCUCUGCAACGCCACCAUUGUUUUGGACUGGCUGUAG